AUGAAGAGGCCUCCUGUUUGGCUACGUGUCGAGGGCAACGUGGUCGACGAUUCGGCCAUUUGCGCACUGGUCACCGCCGGCCGCGCCGUGCUGGCGCCCAGCCUGAGGGCCCCCGAGCGCCAGAAUGGGAAGGCGCCGCUGUCCUUUCCUUCGUUUCACGGGAAGAGCAUGCUCCACGAUUCGUUCCAGCUGAAGCCCUUUCAGCGCAAGAGCGAAUUCGGGGCCCGGCCGCCGCCCGUGCCGCCCAGCUCGAGCGAGAGUGCCACCGCUGGCAACGAGGUUCGUCAGCAUGCCUUUCCUCCCCUGCCGCCGGUUCCGCCGGCUCCACCGGUUCCAACGCAGAUGGGCCAGGAGCACAUGCCGAUGCAGUUGCCCAUGCAAAGCUGGCCGUCAGAUGGCCAAGGUGUUGGUUUUGGGCCGGGCGCCCACCCGAACCCCAUGAAGCAGGUGCACCAGCUACAGAUGCAGCCGGGUCAACCACAACACACUGACCAAUUGCAGCCAAUGAGUCAGAUGAAUCAGAUGAAUCAGAUGAACCAGAUGAAUCAGAUGCAUGAGAUGAACCAGAUGAAUCAGAUGCAUCAGAUGCAUCAGGUGAACCAGGUGAACCAGCUGAACCAGAUGAGCACGGGGAACCAGAUGAGCCAGAUGAGCCAGAUGAGCCACAUCAGCCAGAUGAACCAGAUGAACCAGAUGAACCAGAUCACCACAUGA